AUGGGAUUGUGUACGAGUAAGGAUGCUGUUAGUGAGAGUUCAAUAAGGAGAGUUCAUCCAUUGAAUAUGGAAAACAGUGUUGUGUUGACUAUUAAUUAUGCAAAGAUUCCAAAUAAAUUUAAACGAUUACCUUAAAAUAAAUCAUGUGGUUUAAUAGGGUUAUAAAAUUUAGGAAACACUUGUUAUAUUAAUGCUGUAGAUUCUUUGAUUUUAAUUUAAGGCUAUUUAAUGCCUAUCGAAUACAUAACCACUUACAGAAUAUUUUCAAUAGAAUCUUCACAAUCAUGAGUU